GGCUGUGCUGGACACGGCCGCGAUGGAGAGAGAGAGUUAUAUGACAUAAUAAAAAUGAUUGACUCAGUCAAAGUAAGAAGACAGUGCAUGCUGGAUUUCUACUCUCAUUAUGAACAUCUAUGUGCUGUUCAAGGCUCAGUCCCCCUGAAAGCUGUGAAAGCCAAUCUGAAUGAGGGUGCUCUUGAUCUAACUGUAGAUCGCAUCAAAGCUGCUGAGUGGGCACCACUUCUAAGUGCUAUCAGGCAUAAUAAGACCCUGACUUCUAUUGCAAUAAGAAGUUUUCAUCAGCAGGGUCUUGGAGAAUCAGGUGUUGAAAGGUAUAAAACUUACUUUAGAAGGAGAAUUCCAGCAAUUCGAUCAAAAGACUUGACUGGUCAACUAUGCAAAGCUGUCAAAGGCUAUCUGAGUACAUCAGAUGUACUAAAAAACUUGGAACUGCAGGGGCUGCUUCUGAGAGAGAGAGAUCUAAUACUUUUAACAAAGGGGUUGGCCAAAACUUCAUCUCUAGAGAGUGUCUCCCUAGCCCACUGUCCGAUUGGAGAUGGAGGAUUAGAAACAAUCUGUCAGAGUGUGAAGAAUUCGGCUAGUAUCAGAUACAUAAAUUUCACAGGCUGUAGCCUUACCUGGCGAGGGGCAGAACAUAUGGCAAAUGUUUUAAAGCACCAGGCAAUGAAAAGACAUAAUGAAGCUUGGGCUGAAAGCCUACGAUACAGAAGACCUGACCUGGACUGCAUGACAGGCUUGAGGCGCAUUACUUUCAACUGCAACAUGCUUGUUGGAGAUAGAGGAGCCAGUGCCUUUGCAGAAUGCCUAGGAGAGGACCUGUGGUUGAAAGCACUUGAUUUGCAGCAGUGUGGAAUAUCCAAUGAAGGAGCAAAGUCAUUGUUUGAUGCUCUGCAAGCUAAUAGAACAUUAGUGGUACUUGAUGUAAGAAAAAACCCUUUAAUUGAUCAUGUCUUGAUGAAAAACAUUAUUGAAAGAGUUCUUAUGAAUGGAAAUAGUACCAAUUCAGAGUUCCAGUAUAAGUGGCUGACUUCUCCAUCUUCAAAGGAUGCUUUGAAAGCUAGACCAAAGAAAAGAACUAUUGUCCUAGGAAGUGGUCGAAAAGGAAAAGCUACUAUUCGUAUUGGAUUAACAUCUAAAAAGUCUAUGAGUCCUGGGAAAAAAAAUCCAUCUGUGAAAGACAGUUAUUCACCAAAACCACUACCACCAGGUACAAAAGGCUUCCUUCCUUGGCGCACAGCGGAACGUGCAAAGAGAUGCAGGGGGUCUUUGGUAGAUAAUACUCAAGAGUUACCAGUGAAGAUUCAGACAGAUAUUCCUGUAAAAGUGACAGUAGAAAGUGCUGCUACUUCUGAAACUGAGGAGACAGAAGAAUCUGAUAUUAUCCAUCAUCCUGACUUGACAAAGUCAUUAGAUAAAAUUAAUUUAACAAAGUAUAAACAAUUUCAGUUGGAACUGGAAGAAUGCCUACUCAAAUUAAAGGAAGAAAGAAGAGCCAGAGUAAAGGCAGAGGAACGGCUAAUGGAGUUGGAAAUUGAAAACGCAAGGUUGAGGAACCUAAACAUCUCUCUGUCUGAGGUUCUUCAUGCACAGUCAGUAACCAACAUGAUUUUGGAAGAUGAAGGUGUUCUAGGCAGCAUUGAGAACUCUUUCCAAAAGUUUCAUGCUUUUUUAGAUCUCCUUAAAGAUGCUGGACUUGGGCAACUUGCUGCAUUAGCUGGCAUAGACCAGUCAGAUUUUGGUCUAUUGGGGCAUCCACAAAUGAAUUCUACUCUUACUAAACCUGCUAAGAUGCUAAAGGAGAAGUCAUUUGAAGAAGAAAGACAAGAACAUACCCAGAAUAGUAAAAAUGGAAGUAGAGACAUCCAAGUUUCUUUUCCUGGCACGCUUCAGUCCCAGGUGGUUGUGAAUAAUCCCUUCUCAGCUCACAGAGAAACACAAGAAUUUCAGGUUGUUGUGCAAGAGCAGCCAGGCUCUUGGAAGGAAAGUGAAUCUCAAACAACUAGCCAAAACAAGGAAGAUAACCCCCAAAACAGCACCCCAGUGUUUCCUGAGAGAAAAGUCAAACAAAACGAACAUGCGAAAGGACAUCACUCAGCUAGACAAUCAGUUACUAGUCCUCAUUCAUUUUCUACUUCCAGUGUGAAUCUCAAAAGUAAUGGUAGCAAAAAGUCCAGCUGUACUUCUGGUGAAAAAAAUAGAAGUUCCUCUUCAAAGAAAUACAUCCAUAGAGCAAAUGAAACUGCAAUUGUAAGUGUUGUAUCAAGAGGAGACCAAAGUAGACUGCAGACAGCAGACCUUUCUGGAACUGAUACUGUAGGAUCUGGAUCUGAAAUACAAGAGAGUAUUCAUUCUGUGACCAGCACUUGAAAUGAUUCUGAAAUGUUUGGACUGUUUAUACUUCUAAGAUUAAAAAUAAACUUUGGAUGCCUUAGUAAACUCAUGAAUUUCUGUGAAGAAAUGUAGAUUUUGAAAAUAUCUAAAGCAUUCUUCCAUUCUGUUCAGUGUUCAUGUUCCAUGUUUGUAUCACUUGUCACUGGGUUUUUUGAAACAGAAAUGAAUGAUGUACUAGUAGAAUAGUACCCCUCAGUUUGUACUAUAUACAAAAGGUUCCUGGGAUAUGAAUUUUACUGUGUAUCACAGAUUUCAUUAUAAACAGCUUUUAGCUAAUAAAAUUAAUUUGAAUACAAAUUAUGAUUUGUAUUUCAAGUGUGUUGUAGUAGAAAUGAAACAGUGGUUUUAGCCAUUGAGGGAUAUUUGCCCUACUAGUGUGUGUAUAUGUAGUCCCCAAUAGUAUUGGAAGUUACAGAUAUGAAAAUGAGUCCAACAUCUCUUAGUGAUCUA